AUGUUCAAUCGGAGAGAUCUCCCGUCUGUUCCCAAUCCAUUUGCAUCUCGGCAGGACCCGGGACGUCCGUCGCCACAGGGCUACUCGAACCCCAACCAAGGGCCUCCACGGUAUGACUAUGGCCACAUCCCCAGUCCAGCGGGGCGUACUUCCGAUGGCGAUGUACCCAUGACUGACGCAUAUACACAUUCAAGAGGAAAUCCAGCUCCUCCCCAACAAAUGGGUAGAUCACCGCAACCAAUGCCUGGCCGCAUGCCGUCCGGCGGUAGCCCGACAUGGACACUCCACCCUAGCAAGAGUCCAAACGACAACUUCACCUUCGGUAACCUUGUCGCAGUAUCGCCCCAGGAUAUCCCACCGAGCCGCGACGGUAACGAUGUACUCCUCCUCAUCAAUGACCUUUUCGUCUUCUCCGCCCGCCCUCUGGAGGGCUUCCCACCGGGAUGCAUGAGCAUGUCGGACCCUCAGCGGACAUGGGCGAAUAUUGGAUUGAGAGAUUCCAUUAAAGUGCAGCUCUACGAUCCCUUUAGCCAAGGUGGUCAAGCUUACUUGGGCUCUGCGGACAUUGAAGUCAGCUUCGCCUCUGUGAAGAAGCGCGUGGAAGCUCCGUAUGACCAGGACGAGCUUGCAAAUGCUGUUAUUCGGAACUUCGAAAACCAACUGUUUGCCCCCGGUCAAAGGAUUCUCAUGGAUCACAAGAGCAUUCCCCUCCUGCUACAGGUUAAGACUGUCCAGCGAGUUGAUCUGACAUCAGAGAAGGCCGACCCUAAUGCCGGAGAAGUUGAGACUGAUCCUAGAGCUCGAGGAAUCAUCACGCGGCAUACCCAGCUCAACUUUUUCAAGGACUCUGCUACUGGUAUCAAUGUCAAAGCGUCUAAUCGCCGCCCUGCUGCGAACUCCAUCAUUCAGCCAGGCUUUAAGUUUGAGGAUAUGGGAAUUGGUGGUCUGGACUCUGAGUUUAGCACCAUUUUCCGUCGUGCCUUUGCAUCUCGCAUCUUCCCUCCGGGUUUGGUCGACAAACUUGGCAUUCAGCACGUCAAGGGUCUCUUACUGUAUGGACCUCCAGGUACUGGUAAAACUUUGAUUGCUCGACAGAUCGGUAAAAUGCUCAAUGCGCGAGAGCCGAAGAUUAUCAAUGGUCCUGAAGUUUUGAACAAGUAUGUUGGUCAGUCUGAAGAGAACAUCCGUAAGAUGUUCGCGGACGCCGAGAAGGAAUACAAAGAGAAGGGUGAUGAGAGUGGCCUCCAUAUCAUCAUUUUCGAUGAGUUGGAUGCUGUUUGCAAGCAGCGUGGCAGUGGGGCUGGCGGCGGUGGUACCGGCGUUGGCGACAGUGUUGUCAACCAGCUGCUGUCUAAACUGGAUGGUGUUGACCAGCUUAAUAACAUUCUGUUGAUCGGAAUGACUAACCGAAUGGAUAUGAUCGAUGAGGCUCUGCUGCGUCCUGGUCGUCUGGAAGUUCACAUUGAGAUCUCUCUUCCAGAUGAGCAGGGCCGAAGCCAAAUCCUCAAGAUUCACACCGAGAAAAUGCGCACCAAUAACGUGUUGGACUCAGAUGUUGACCUGCCCGAGCUUGCACACUUGACCAAGAACUUUUCAGGUGCUGAAAUUGCCGGUCUGGUCAAGUCUGCUUCCUCCUUCGCUUUCUCUCGCCAUGUCAAGGUUGGCACCAUGGCCAGCAUCAAUGAUGACGUUGUGAACAUGAAGGUCAACCGGGGCGACUUCCACCAUGCACUGACCGAAGUGAAGCCUGCAUUUGGUGUUUCAGAAGAAGAGCUCUCCAGUCGCCUUCAGUAUGGUGUCAUCCACUACUCUGAAACCAUCAAUGAGAUCCUGCGGGAAGGAGAGCUAUUUGUUAAGCAAGUUGGUCAGGCCGAGUCUACUCCUCUCUUCUCUGUCUUGCUUCACGGUCCCACUGCCAGUGGUAAGACAGCUCUUGCCGCACGCAUCGCCAUUGAUUCCGGAUUCCCCUUUAUCAAACUUAUUAGCCCGGAGGACAUGGUUGGCUUCAGCGAACCGGCCAAGAUUCAACAUAUCAGCCGAAUCUUCGACAGUGCCUACAAGUCGAAUACCAGUAUCGUUGUCGUUGACAACAUUGAGCGUAUCAUCGACUGGGUGCCUAUCGGUCCCCGGUUUAGCAACAGUGUCCUGCAGGCACUUAUGGUCUUCCUCCGGAAGCCACCCACUCAUGGGCGUCGCUUGUUGAUUCUGGCUACAACAACCGAGCGUGCUUUGAUGAAGCAAUUGGAUAUCUACAACUCAUUCAACUCGGAUAUUUUCGUUCCUAACGUUAAGUCAUUUGGUGAGCUGCGCUUCGUUAUGGAAAAGUCUGGUGCCUUUGAUGCCCAGGAAAUUGCUCGUGCUCUCGAAGGAGUCGGUGGCUUGGCAGAUGAUGGCCGUGUCAAUGUUGGUAUUAAGAAGGUUCUUCUGGGAAUUGAGACUGCCAAGCAGGACUCUGACAAGGUCGGCCGGUUUGUUCGUGUCAUUAACCGGGCCAUUGAGGAGGAACGGUCAUUCUCUUAA